AUGGCUCUGGAUAUGCCUUGGGUGGAUUAUAAUCUGAUAAGGUCCCGACUCGAAACAGGAGUCCGGAAGGGAGCGCGGACGGCGGGCUCAGCCCGGGGAGCUGCGGGCCCGGCACAGCCAAGAGGGCGCUCCAGCGAGCCCACGCUCCGCGCACCCCCACGCCGCUCGCGCCCGCGCCCGCGCCCCUCCCCCGCCCGCGCCUCCCCUUUAAGCGCCCGGGCGCAGGCGGAUUUGUGUCGGCGGAGCCCUGACAGCCGCGGCGGCCGGGGUGGGGGCGGGGCUGCGCGCGCAGGGCCGGCCUCCGCCACCCGCCGCCCUCGCCGCAGCGCGGCCGCGGGGAGCGCGCGCCGGGGGCGGGCCGGGGCGGGCCGGCGGGGCAGGGGCGGGGAGGCCGGCCGGCGGGCGGCCGCGCUCGGGUCCGCCUCCGACUGCGGCGCGGCGGGGCGAUGUGAGUGCCAUGGCGAGGAGUCUCUGCGCGGGGCCUGGCUGAGGAAACCCCACUACCUCCAGGCUCGUCUCUCAUACGUGCGGGUGAAGUAUCUUUUCUUUUCCUGGUUGGUGGUUUUUGUGGGAAGCUGGAUCAUAUAUGUGCAGUAUUCAACCUAUACAGAGCUGUGCAGAGGGAAGGACUGUAAGAAGAUCAUAUGUGAUAAAUACAAGACAGGAGUUAUUGACGGGCCUGCAUGCAACAGCCUCUGCGUCACAGAAACUCUGUACUUGGGAAAAUGUCUGUCCACCAAGCCCAGCAACCAGAUGUAUUUAGGAAUUUGGGAUAAUCUCCCAGGUGUUGUGAAAUGUCAAAUGGAACAAGCUCUUCAUCUUGAUUUUGGAACUGAAUUGGAGCCAAGAAAAGAAAUAGUGCUGUUUGAUAAACCAACCAGGGGAACUACUGUACAGAAAUUCAAAGAAAUGGUCUACAGUCUCUUUAAGGCUAAAUUAGGUGACCAAGGAAACCUCUCUGAAUUGGUUAACCUCAUCCUGACAGUGGCUGACGGAGACCGAGAUGGCCAGGUCUCCUUAGGAGAAGCCAAGUCAGCAUGGGCGCUUCUCCAGUUAAAUGAGUUUCUUCUGAUGGUAAUACUUCAAGAUAAAGAACACACCCCCAAACUAAUGGGAUUCUGUGGUGAUCUCUAUGUGAUGGAAAGUGUUGAAUAUACCUCUCUCUACGGAAUAAGUCUUCCAUGGGUCAUUGAACUUCUUAUUCCAUCUGGGUUCAGAAGGAGCAUGGAUCAGUUGUUCACACCGUCAUGGCCUAGAAAGGCCAAGAUAGCCAUAGGACUUCUAGAAUUUGUGGAGGAUGUUUUCCAUGGCCCCUAUGGAAACUUCCUCAUGUGUGAUACUAGUGCCAAAAACCUAGGAUAUAACGAGAAGUAUGACUUGAAGAUGGUGGAUAUGAGAAAAAUUGUGCCAGAAACAAACCUAAAGGAACUUAUUAAGGAUCGCCACUGUGAGUCUGACCUGGACUGUGUCUAUGGUACAGACUGUAGAACUAGCUGUGACCAGAGCACCAUGAAGUGCACUUCAGAAGUGAUACAACCAAACUUGGCAAAAGCCUGUCAGCUCCUCAAAGACUACUUACUGCAUGGUGCUCCAAGUGAAAUCCGGGAAGAAUUGGAAAAGCAACUCUAUUCUUGUAUUGCUCUCAAAGUCACAGCAAACCAAAUGGAAAUGGAACAUUCUUUGAUAUUAAAUAACCUAAAAACAUUACUGUGGAAGAAAAUUUCCUACACAAAUGACUCCUAGUUCAUUUGGACCGCAUUGCCAUCAUUAAGAAUCUACUUAUGACUUUAAGAGCAUUUAAAGGAUGGCUUCUGUCCCUUGGGCCCAUGAAGCCAUCAUCUUAAAUGUGUAAUGACAGUAAUGGCAGGUACAGGGCCAAGAGAUGUCCAAAACUCAUUCCUGUCCUUCCUGAGUUCACAAGUACAUCCACUGUUAACUGUUUUGACUGACUCAAAAUUAAUGCUGUGAAAAGCCUCAUUCCAUACAGUGAGUGCUCUGUAGAUAUGUUAGCAAAUCCCAUUGCUGGACACAUUUGCAUUGAAGCUGCUGUCUAAACAAGGAAAUUUAUAUGUGAAUUUACUAAUGUUUUAGCAUGGUAAGAGUUUGCACCUUAACUCAAAUUAAAAAUGCCACAGGUAAAUUAAAAUGACUCCUUUUAUUAAAA